GUGGGGUGGGGCUCCGUGAAAACCGGAAGUAUCUAGUGACGGGCAGUCGGAGCAGUUCCGAUGACUGUCCACAACCUGUACCUGUUUGACCGGAAUGGAGUGUGUCUGCAUUACAGCGAGUGGCACCGCAAGAAGCAAGCGGGGAUCCCCAAGGAGGAGGAGUACAAGCUGAUGUACGGGAUGCUCUUCUCUAUCCGCUCGUUUGUCAGCAAGAUGUCCCCGCUAGACAUGAAGGACGGCUUCCUGGCCUUCCAAACCAGCCGUUACAAACUCCAUUACUACGAGACGCCCACUGGAAUCAAGGUUGUCAUGAAUACUGACUUGGGCGUGGGACCCAUCCGAGAUGUGCUGCACCACAUCUACAGUGCGCUGUAUGUGGAGCUGGUGGUGAAGAAUCCCCUGUGCCCGCUGGGCCAAACUGUGCAGAGCGAGCUCUUCCGCUCCCGACUAGACUCCUACGUCCGCUCUCUGCCCUUCUUCUCCGCCCGAGCUGGCUGAAGGAAGCACCCUACCUCACCCCUCAGGAGAAUCCUGUCUGCCUGGGGCCCUUCCUAGCCUGUUUCACCUGCGGGCCCCCACUGCCAGCCUCUCCAGGCCCUCAGGCCCCCCAAGCAGCCCUCCCAGGGCACCAACCAAAAGUUUGCCCUGGUGCCCUCUGACUCGCAGGAAGGAAGCCUCUAGGAGUCCCUACACCUCCAAACCAGGCCCAUUCUCCAGUUUUAUCCCCUACUUGACACUGUGAGAAGUACAGAAUAAACUUUUUUUUCACCCUC